AUGACAUCAAGAAGACUUUCCUUUAGUAUGCCUCAUCGAGGUUCACGAAAACUGCAAGCAAUGGAUGAUGCCAUUCUGGAAUUGAAACAGAUUUACGACAGCAUAAGGUAUGACUGGCCCCAGAUCCUAGACCACCGGGCCAACGCUAUAGAAACAGCAAUUUCCUUACUAGACGAUCUGUCUGUAGGGUUAGCCCAUCGAUUACCUGAAUUUGAAAACUUGAAACAACAAACGGAAGUUGGAUUGAGAAACGUCGUUAAUGAACACCACGAAAUAUUCAACAACAGUAUUGGUUCGUACCAUAUGCUAUUAUCAACAUUACGGGAGUCCCAGGAGGAUUCUACUGAAAUUAAAGCAUAUUUGGAAUCCUCCAAUAAGGAAAUCCACGAUCGAUCCGAUUUGCUUUCGGAAUUAAGCCAAACUUCAGCUCGGUACUCGGAGCUAAUUGAUGUGUUGGAUGCCAUGGCCGAGCUAACCAGUAUACCGGACAAGAUUGAACAAUUAGUAAUCGACAAAAAGAUCCAUGAAGUUUACGAUGUGAUAUCUAACGGAUACAAAACAGCGGAAAAGUAUAAUUUAUGGUCGUUGCCUGCUAUGGCCGGGAUACAAAGUUAUCUCGAGCUGCAAUCCAACAAGCUAUUUGAUAUGAUUAUCGAUGAAUUGCAGAAUGAAAUAUACCUCAAACAAACAAGAAUCACCACCGACACCACAGCAAACAUAUCUUGGCAAUCCAUCUUCAAUUCAAGUGCACCACAGCUAGCAUCGCUCGUGUCGUUGAUAAACCUGAAGAAUCUUGAACAAUACGUUUCCAAUGCAGCUAAUUUAGACAUUACUGAAAUUGUCGACUUUUUGACCCAACCAGUUCAGAAGUUCAUUCUACACCAAUUGCCAGAAUUGCAUACUCACAGUAUCAUGUCUGACAAAGGUACCGAAGUUAAAGAUGAUUAUCAAUUCCUACUUGAUACGAAAAUGAAUUCAAACUCCAGUUCGUUCUACUAUAUUUAUAUGCUCUUACGUACCGCUUCAAAGCUCAGUCGAUUGCAUCAAGUCACUGAGAUUCUUAUCGAUUCAAACCAACUGGAACUUCAUGGGUUAAUCAAUAGAACCACCGAGGAAAUUAAACUGAAGAAUAGCACCGCAUUGUCGAAAUUGACCAAUAUCAAACAUCACCUGGAAAAAUCAACAUUACUUGAAAUAAUGGGCAAUUCUAACUUCAACGAUUCUGCUGUGGUUGUUCUUGAAGAAUUGUUUGGGUCUAUCUUUGUCAAAUGUCUUGCUGUUUUCCAUCGUCACAAAGUUGUCAAUGAAAUCGUGCGUAUAAUUGAAGAAGGUCAGAAUUUAACUUCAAAUACCCUGAUGUUAAGCAUUUGGAACGUGAUCAAGAAAGAAUUGCGAACAAUGAUGUUGAAUUAUAUUUACGAUGACAGUUUGGUCCAUGCCAAUAUUAUUAAUGAACCAACCACAAGAGCCAAGGAUCAAAGCAAAAUAUACAAGGUUAUCACCAGUCGCAAGAAUUUGUUCCGCUUUGAAGACGUCACCUAUGAUACAUCUUCGAGAACAGCCACAGAAAUUCUUGGUAUUGUCACUGAUGUAUUCCCUGGGUUUAAUAUGUCGGGUGAUAACAAGGAGCUUGAAAAGACCAAGGAUGAAUUGUUGGGUUCGAGUGCAUCACCAUAUAUCCAGACGGAGCAAUUCAAUGCUAUGAUUGAUGUGUUGGUACCUAAGAACUUAUUUAAUAUGAGAGUGAUUUUGGAAUUCUUUUUGAUAUUCAUUGAAGGGUCACAAAGAGUGUUUGCAAACUUUGAACAUAGUAGUGACGUUACCCCUCAUUCUAAAUCUUCAUUACAGUUCUUUAAUGAUUUCAUGAAGAUUUCAUUCAUGGGCUAUGUCAAGGAUGGAAUUGAAAUUUCAUUUGGAGAACAAGUUGGUGGGACUUUUACGCGUGAGAAACCAUUACAUUCAACUGGAUUGAAAUUAGACCUUAUUUCAUUAAACCAGGCUUCCGAUAUUAACGUGAUUGCCAAUGUAAAAUCAGACAGUACUCAUAAUGUAAUAAUUUAUGAAAAUGCCUUUAAUUUCAAGAAAUUGUAUCUUGAAUUAUGUUUAAUGUUCAACACUUCACUUACUUAUCGUCAAGAUUAUUCCGAUGUUGUUUUAAAAGUAUUGGAUAAUUUCGCAAGGGAAUAUCAUAACUUGUACCAUGAGUUAUUAUCUGCCGGUGAUUCAACUGCUAACAACAAUAGGCCAGUUCUGCAAACUAGUAAAUGGAUGAAUAUCCCUGCAUUACGAGAAAUCAGUAUGAAAAUCUUACAAGCACAUGUACAAAAUGUACCUAGAUCACGAAUGGAGGAGUUAUUCCACGCAGAAUCACAAGUAUUGUUAUUUGAAGGAAAUGAUGAUUUGAACGCCGUCGAAAAAGAUGAUUUAUUAGAUCCAGAUUCUUACUCACAAGUACUUUACUUGUUGCUCACUACAUCAUGGGUCCUUUCUUGGUUGCCAUUAAUUAAAAAGGAAACAAACACAAAGAACAAAGAUGAAAGUGAUUCCGAUACGGAUUUACAUAUAGCGAUGAUUGAUAAGUUACGUAGUAAUUGGUCAUUUUUGGAAAAUGGAAGAAUGCCAAUCAAUUUCACCGCCAACAGCUCUGACAUCAUUCAUCAUAACGUGUUCCUUUGUUUGGGUCCAGAUAAGGUUUCUAAAUUCGAUCAAAUUGUUAAAACUUUCGAAACUAUCCGUGAUGGUACGUUGCUAGCAUUGCGAUAUGACUUAAGAUGUAAGGCUAUUUACUACACCACCAAUUCAUACAAACAUGUGGAUUGGACUCCCACCAAUGAACCCGGGGAUGCCGAUCAUUAUAUCGGUCUUUUCAAUCAAGAGGUAUUUGCCGUGGAUAGUAAGUUAUCCAGUAUGUUGAGUAAUGUUGAACGUGAAACUGUUUUUAUUGGCUUGACUAAAUUCUUAAAUGAUUUGUUUAUCCAAGGGUCAAUCAAUUUGAAAAAGGUAAACAAUAAUGGUAUUAAACGUAUUUUGUUGAAUAUUUCAACUGUACAACAGAUGUUACGAAGUGUUGCUACCAACCCUGAAGUGAUUGAUUUCACGAAGUCAUCAGUUUAUUUUGAGAUGUUUACCUUGAAUGAAUUUACGUUGAUUAACCGAUUCCGUUCCAACGAACAAAGAUAUACUAAAUCGGCAUGUAACAAUUUAGCCCGGUUGAUCUAUAGUGAAAAAUUAGCCGAUGGUCAAGGUUCGAGUUUCAACAAGGGUAAGUACAAUGAUCUUCUAAAGAAGAUUGACGAAUUAGUAGAUUAAAAAUUAGAUAAAUAUAUAUAUGUAUGUAUGUACAACUAGCAACAGUUUAGAGGAGGAGUUCUCUUUAAUCUAAAUCUCUCCAUUAAUCGUUCAGAUGUAAAUCUACCUACACCGGAUCCAAUGACAAUAGCAAAAAAGUAUGUCAAUGUGAAAGUCAUGGCUCCCAACAUUAAUGCGUAUCCAAAUAAAUCAGGAACAAUACAAAGGAACAAACGAAUGGCAUCUCUGAACAAUGUAGAAGCAAUCGGAAGUGACUUGACGGGCUUACUGACUUGAACAGAAUCACCCUUAUGUAAGCUAUCAUCAGAACUAUUGGUAUCGUGACAGUUGGCACCUGAAGUUACACUUUGUAAAUUAGCAGGAGCAUUGGCAAUGCCACUUUCAAACUCUUGGUAUUCACGAUUUUGCCAAACAACUUCUUCAAGAUAGUUCCUCACAAACUCCAACAAACGGUUUAAAAAUGCAACAAAGAACAACAACAAGAAUAUCCCAAAUGCUUGACCCUUGUUAUUAGCCACUAAGUUCUUAAAUAUCACGGGGUAUCCCUUAAAUUGAGCUGUGAAGUACAUGUGCAUACCAGCCAUAUCAUCGUGAGACGACAUGUGAUCCAUGGCGGAUGAUGCAGUUUCCAUGACCAUAUCCAUAGUGGCCGUGGCAGUGUCGCUGUCCAUUGACAUCAUCAUAUGUUUAUUUUGAAAUGACAUUGUUAUCUAUUAUAUUAUAUUAGUUCAAGUAUAAGUGAUAUGACAAUUGUGCUGUCUGUUGUAAUAGACGAGAAUGGGAGUGGUUUAAAUACUAUACACCAGAAAAAGGGAGUAAUUUGCUCAUAUGCGAUAUCAAUUACGGCUACAUAGUGAUCAGGUUAUCAUUAUUAUUGUGUAAUGGUUGAGCAAAUUUUCACUUACUUAAUUGAGACAGAGGUGAGUGCGAAAAUGAUGUGCGCGCAAAUUCUUCUUGCCUAAUCGGGGUAGUGUAUGCGGCGCACGCAAAUAUCAGCAUCCGUAGUCGGAUUCUGUUGGACUUUGCAGGAAUCGCACAACGGUGUUUCUAACACUGUUUUAGGUGCAGUUCAGAUCCCGAUU